GGUUCAUGAUCGGGUUUUGAGAAACUGAGGGUCAGCCAAUCUGAAAUCCGCCGCAAACUCUCAUCUCCAAGAAAAUGAAGGCACAAACAAACGUAAAUGGUGGUUUAUUCUACAUUCUAAACUUGUGAAUCCAUCUCUCUUUCUAUGCCCUCUCCAUGAAUUCUCCUCUAUUUUCAUCCCAUUUCCUCCGCCAUUGCUCACAGUCACAGAUUUUGGCCUAACCGUUGAAUUUCAAGCACAAAUCUCUUCUUUUUCAAUAUCUUCGUUUUCUGCAAUUUGGUUCUGAAUCAGUAGUGUGUUUCUCUGUCCGUUCAAUGAAGCUGGGGAGUCUGAUGGAGAAGAAGCAAUUGGAUCUGAGCCAACCACUUCGAUCCGUCCGGAGAUUGCCGCCGGCGACGGCCUCGGAGAAGCGGAGGCCAGUUCCGGCGAGGAAGCGGGUGAGGGUUCCUUUUCUCUGGGAGCAGUCUCCGGGAAGGCCAAAGGCGAAGAAUCCGAUCAACCAAACUCAUAGCCUUCAAAACCCUAAUCCUCUCCUCCCCAAGCUCCCCCCCGGCAGGAUUCUCAAUGUCAAACGGCCGGUUUCAUCGGAUCAUGGAGCCAAGUUUCGGAGCUCUAAAGAUGGCUACGAAGCAUAUCGAGAUGCUCUCGAAACGCUUUCAAGAAUCGAAUCGUUCUUCUUGACCAGCUUCCAUGGAUUGGAUGGCAAGCCUUCUGGAACCUUUACAAUCGAUCCAAAGACUAGGGGUGUCACAACCGAUUUCGGAAAGCGACCCAGGAACUUAGUUACCAAAUUUCAUAGACUGUUGCCGAAGUUUUGUCUGAAAAGUUCAAUUUGCCUCUUGAAAUCAUCUCGACCCGGCUUUCGUGGAAAAAAAUCACUUCAUGAAAUGCAUAAAUUCGCAGAAAUUGAGGGCAUAAAUGGCACCAGAUCAUCCACAAUUUGCUCGAACAGCUUUCGGAAACUCCUGGGUGAUCAUCAGAGGACUGAAGGGGAGGAUUUCAAGAUCACGGCAAAACAUGGUGAUUUUUCCGGCAAACCGGGCUUCGAAGCGUCGAUCAAGAUGCUAAAUGAUUUGGGAAAGGAUCAAAAUCCAUGGAUUGGGUCUGCAAGUUUUAGGUAUUAUUAUCCGAAGAAGGGAAACAUGGAAGGGGGAGAUCAUCUUAAAGAAGAGGGAAUUCAGCCACAGUUUCCUCUACUGAAAUCGCCAUCGGAGUCGUGGCUGAGGCACAAAGCUUUGCCCUCUAUGGCCGCCGGGAAACCAUCGUCUUCGCGUUCACAGAUUGGCAGCCGAAUGAAACCAUGGUGAUGGUGAAGAAGGGGAGAAUUCAAGGUUCAGAGACCAAGCUAACAAAUGCUAUUUCACUGUGGUGGCUGUUAAGAAAAAUUAGGAUAAAAAGUAAUGAAAUUAAGCUUUCGCUUAAGCUUUAAUUUUUCUUAAGCCAUUUGCGAUUUUUGUUUAUAAAAUUUUUUUCUUAAGCCAUUUCCGAUUUUGGUUUAAUUUUAUAAGCACUGGAACCAUUUUAGUG